AUGGCGAAGCUGGGACGCGAUGACUGGUUCAGCCUAAUGGUCAUAACGGGACAAAACAAAUCUCUGGCGGGACAAGAGUUUGCCGACAGGGCCGAUUUGUUGAUCAGCGAUAUGGAGGACGCUGGACAGCUUCCCGACGCACCCAUGUUCGAAGAGUGGGCCAAUCACGCGAAUAUUCAGACUUUAGCUGAUGCAGAGUGGUUCUUGCGAAUGGUGUGGUGGUGCGCAUCGCCUGCCACCGUGUCUGAUGAACUAUUCGCCACGUUGAUGAAGCGAAUGUCGCAGAAACAUGAUCUGGAGGCUAUUGUGAAACUGUAUCGACAGGCUGUCAGUUCCAACCGCGCCGGAGAAAGAACUCAUUUUCGAAUGAUGAAGUCUUAUGCAAGGUUGGGGGCUGCGACCAAAGCGAUUACCAUGUUCGAAGAGCAUUUUGCGGAACGAUCUAGUGACGAAGAGUGCAGCCUCCUAAUUAAAGGAACUAGCCACGAAACAGCUCUGAAGCUAUUCAACUGGAUUAAGAAGAAGAAAGUGGCAGGGCCAAAGACGUACGAGAGGAUUAUCCGCGUGUAUUGCUUGUCGCACCUCUUACCCGAAGCGAGCGCAUUAUGUAAAGAGUGGACGCUAGAGAAGCAAGCGCCUCCGACCCCAGCCAUGUUCAAUGCGCUCAUGUGGGCCUACAUCAGGAGAGGGGACUCGGAAGCGAAAGACUUCGUCCAGGAAGUCGAGCAGUCUGGCGAAUAUCUUCCGAUGAAAAGUUUGGAGGCGUUAAUGCACUUGUUGGGACGAAAAGGCGACGUGGAUGGCGCUCUCGAAAUCCUAUUUCGCGUGGAAGAGCUAUCGCCUGGCGCUAUGCGCACGGUGUGGACCUACAACAUCGCGCUAGGCAUCCUUGCUCGCGCUCGGACGACGGAUCGGUUUCACGAGAUCCUAGACCACAUGAAGCAGCAAAAUGUGGAACCAGACCCUGUGACAUAUGGGACGAUAAUGUCAGGCUUCAACAAAUGUGGCCGCCAUCAGAACGUCAUCGACUUAUUUCACUUCCUAAUGUCGAAGGAUAUGGCGUUGAACCACGCCGCGAUUUCAGCGGUAUUGAUGUCACUUGCGACCCUACGGCGCAUAGAGGACAUGCUCACCUGCUUCAACGGUUUGCGUGAUAACCGCCGACAUGAAUUGACGGUGAAACAUUACACGAUCGUCAUCGACGCAUACCUCAAGCAAGGCGAUCUCGCGACCGCCUACGAAAUCUUCGAUGUCAUGGCGAAGGAUCACAAAUCGCCGGAUGUGGUCACAUAUUCCUGUUUCCUUGACGCUUAUGGCCGUCGCGACGAUUUGAGGGGCAUAACGAAAAUAUUGAAUGCAAUGGACAGCAAUCAAGUCGUCGCCGAUGCCGUGGUGUACAACAUUCUCAUUAUGGCGCACUCACGUCGUAGUAGAGCGAAGCAGGCUCUGCAAGCGUUUGCAGAUAUGAUAACCAAGGACUUGAAGCCGUCCAUUUACACCUACAGCGCCGUGGUCUAUGCGUUGGCCAAGGACGGCGACUUCACGGCGUGCGAUGAGUUAUUGGUGGAAAUGGAAAGCGUUGGGGUAUGGCCAAAUUCGUACACAUACGCUAUCCUCAUCAAGGAGAUGAUGAUCAGGGGAGAUAGGCAAGGCGCAUUGCGGUACUUCAACCGUUAUGCCCCCACGGGCAUGGACCCAGCGGUGGAUCAUCGCCCCAAGCCGCGCUUCGAUGCCAAGUUGUCCAACACUAUCCUACGAGGGUUGAUGCAGUUGAACGACAUUGAGAACGCGCUGAGCGUCUUCAAGCAACUAAUGCACCUCGGUCACAUGCCGACGAUAACCGAGUGGAUGACGAUCAUCGAGGGCGUCGGAAAAGCCGGGCUCGUUGCGGAAUGUGAAGGAUUGUAUAGACGUUUCCUGCAAUUAGGAAAACAAGAGGAAGGCGGCGGUACCAAGGCUGAGAAAGGGCACGUUGCGCCAACACUGUGGGCGUGUCGAAAAGCAAGGCAGCAUGUUGUUGCGGCUUUGGUGGCGAAAGAAGGGGAAGCGGGCGUAAAGGAAUUUGUGCGGAGGGAGAGGGAGGGAUGGAAAGAUUUGGGACCUGUAGAUAUUUUUGGCAUUGAUUUGACGCCUGAGACGAUGUAA